GGGAAGCUGAUGUCCAUGUGAAGCCCCAGUGACCCCCCACACCAGCAGAGGGGGCUGAUUGCAGGAUCGGAGCCUUAUUGGGACAUUUCUCACCAAAGCCUCCAGGGCUGGAACAUUAGGGGUGAUCUGUCUCCAGCUCAGCAAACAGCCUGAGUCAGUUCCAGGAAGGGAAACACCCAAUUGCUGCUGCUGCUGCAGGCGGGACUUCUUUCUGAGUUCAGAAAAGUGAGACUAACCCUGUUACCCUGCCCAGAGGGAGCCAUGGCCACAGACAACCCCGUGGAAAGUCUCCGGGAGGAAGCUACAUGCCCCAUCUGUCUGGAGUAUUUUAAGGACCCGGUGAUUAUAGACUGUGGGCACAAUUUCUGCCGAGCCUGCAUCACCCAGUGCUGGGAGGGAUCCGAUACAGCCGUCUCCUGCCCUCAGUGCAGAGAAACUGUGCAACAGGGAAACCUCAGGCCGAACAGGCAGCUGGCAAAUGUUGUAGAAAUAGCCAAAUGGUUGAGUUUACAGGCAGCAAAGGGAGCAGGAGAGGAGAGGGUGUGUGGGGAACACCAGGAGACUCUGAAACUGUUCUGUGAAGAGGAUCAAACUUCUGUCUGUUUGGUUUGCCAUCUGUCCCGGGCUCACAGAGAUCACAGGGUGGUUCCCAUAGAGGAGGCUGCCCAGGAGUACAAGGUGAAACUCCAGGGAUCCCUGGGCCCUCUGAGGAAGGAGCUGGAAGAGGCCCUGGCUCUGACGUCUAAAGAGGAGAAGAAAACCACAGAGUGGCAGAGGAAAGUGAAGAAUAAGAGAGAGAUGAUUGCAGGUGAAUUUAAUAAACUGCACACGCUGCUGAGAGAGGAGGAGCAGCUUCUUCUGCAGAGCCUGGAGCAGGAGGAGAGGGAGACUCUGCAGAGACUACAGGAAAAUAUCACCAAACUUUCCCAGCAAAGCUCCUCUCUGCAGCAGCUGAUCACAGAGAUUGAGGAGAAGUGUCAGCAACCAGUUGUCGAGCUGCUAAAGGAUGUGAAAAGCACAUUGAGCAGGAGUGAGAAUGUGAAACUCCAGGAACAAGAAGCUGUUUCUACUGACCUGAAGAACGUGUAUAAAAUUUCCCUUGACAUGAAUGAAGUGUUGAAGAGAUUCAUAGACAAACUCCAGGCUGAGCUCAGGUGGAGACGCGCCCAGAUCUACGCAGUGGACGUGACUCUGGAUCCAGACACUGCAAAUCGCUGGCUCGUCCUGUCUGAGGAUCGGAAACGUGUGAGAGACGGAGACAAACGCCAGGAUCUGCCCAACAACCCUGAGAGAUUUGAUACGUAUCUCAGUGUCCUGGGCACUGUGGGGUUCGCGGGCGGGAGGCGUUACUGGGAGGUGGAGGUGGGAGACAAAACUGAGUGGGACCUGGGGGUUUGUAGGGAAUCUGUGAGCAGGAAGGGGCAGAUCAGACUCUCACCUGGAAAUGGAUACUGGGUCGUGUGGCUGUGCGAUGGGGAAUACGAGGCCGGCACCUCCCCCCUGACCCCCCUCCCCGUGAGCGUCAGGCCCAGCCGGGUGGGGAUUUUCCUGGACUAUGAGGCGGGCGAGGUCUCGUUUUACAAUGUGACUGACAGAUCCCAUCUCUUCACUUUCACUGACACCUUCUCCGGGACGCUCCGCCCUUAUUUCCAUCCUGGUUACAACGCUGGGGGUACAAACCCGGCUCCCCUGAUAAUCUGCCCAGUCCCAGCUCAGGCCGGAGGGAAUCUCUGUCCCUGACAGUGACCCCGCGGCACAGACUGUCCCCUCCCAGCCCUGCUGCUCUUCCCAUCCCCAGUGGUGGGGGCCAGUUACUGCAGCAACUGGACGUUUUGUGCUGACCGGACGCUGCCAGUUUCCCUUUUCAACUGGAGGUUCCAGUCAAAAAACAGACACUUGGGAACCCCCAGCCCUCACCUUCCCCGUCCCCUGCCCCAGGGGUAGCAGAUGGGGGUGGAUGGGGUCAUUUACCCCUGUCAGAAUUUUCUACCCCUGUGAAAGCUCAACGUAAACUAUGAAAGAAAAAAGAUUAUUCUAAUUUAGAAAAUAUUAUUGUAACAAGGUGUAAAUACAAGAACAUUUUAAUUUACAUUUCAACAGUAUUUCAAAAACAAGCAUCUAAACGUAUUUUUAGAAUUGGAAUUAUUUACAUUUAUUUUUUGAUUCUUCCCUCAAGUCUAUAUUGAAGUUUAACUUCUCUAAAUAACGUCAUUUGUAUUUCAACUGUGGAAUUUCAAGAAAUCCAAAAUAUUUAUCUUAACAAAAUAAACCAUUAAAUUGUCA